ACACCUUGGUCGGGAGCAUUCACUUCCAUUGCGCGUUUGAUUUGCUGAUUUGCUGAAGCUGUUAUCUAUUUUUAAUUGUACAUUUAAAUCUAAAAUAUGGAUUCAAACAACAACAAGCGACAAUUGCCGUGGGAUGGUUAUGGCGUUGCCGCUAGUCCGGGUUUCAGCGGGGCUGAAAAAAAACCACUGAUCUCAAACAUCGGAACAGCUCCUACAACGCCGGCAAGUGGCAUUCAGAAUGAUUAUUUCCGAAACCUAAUUAAAUGCAGGAGAGGUCCAGCCGCCAAACCUAGAACAACUACGAAAACAGCACCAAGGAUAUUAGUAACGGGAACAACAAUAGCAACAACAACAACAUCCACCACAACGAACGGAGUAAAAACGAUGCUGACGAAACUUUCAACUGCUCCCACACCGUAUCGGCAAAAUUUGGAGGUAAAGUUUUUGCGCCCUUCGCCUGAGCGGUCCCAUUCAUACAGUAUUCAGCCCGAUGUGUCCAUUCCUGAACCCGUCGGCCUUCAGAAUCCUGCCCCACCGAAGUCGAAUGAAUCCUACUCAGGCCAAGAGCAGUCCAGCUCCAGCAUGCUAGCAAUAAUUACUAAGAAGCUAGAGGGGUUGGAGGCGGGCUUGCGGGAGCAGCAAAAUGUCCAGGAAGCCAAGCUGGACGAAAUUCUGCAAAAAGUGCAGCAAUGCCAGCAGCAGCAAGAUACGCACGGGCUAAUCCUCCGCAAGGUAGUGGGAGUGAUCCAGGUGGAGGUAGAACAAAUCAAGGAUGUGGUUUGCGAAAAGCCUCCUAUAACCACUUUCACACUGCCAGACCAUUUUUCGGUGACCCCGAUGAGCACAGAAAAUGAUAUUACACAAUUUGAUCAGAAACUGGCUGACCCAGCAUACAUGAAAGAUGUGAGCAGCUGGUUGCAUCAGCAGAUUGUAGAAUUGGUGCCCCAUAAGCGUAUGAACGAGGCCAAAGAUAUAUUAUUCACUCCCGAUGGUCUGGCGCUGUGUGGAUGGUCGGGCAAGACAAAAAAAAUUGAAUUUAGAAAACUAAAAAAUAUGUUGGAUCUGUUCGCGAAAAUAGGUACCAACGAACGGCAAACCACCACUUACUUGGGAGUCAAAGAUUUUUUUCUUAAAAAAUUGCGUUACGCUCCGUCCAAUGCGGCUAGGCGUAGUACUUUGUAGAGCUGAGUUCAUUAUGUUAUGAGGUUAUAGUAGGUCGAUAUUUUAUAUAACAAACUAGUUAAUGGGAGGCAUAUAAGAAUUUCAUUUUUAUCGCCAUUUUUGUUGUUGGAUUCUUUGUAAAAGAUUUUGUUUUUUUUUUUGGAUUUAUAACAUACAUUGAAGUAUAUUGAGU